AGCUGGGUGUCAGGCUCAGGUCCCUGGUCUAGUCUUCUUCAGCAACUGAAAACUGCCAUGGAAUCUCCAGGGCUCAACGGUCAACCACCAACUCAGAACCAACCGCUGGCUGGAAGAAGGAAGAACAAGGCCGCUCCGUCCCGGGGCUUGAGUUACAGUGGCUGCAGGGAACAAAGGGGAUCUGGCGGGUGGUUUCCACAGGGAAUAGGACUAAGACCUGCCAUUUAACCAGUCCCUUCAACCUCUUCUGCACCUGAAUGAGGCGCAACCAGAACUCCUCCGACUCCCUCACAAAUGGCUUCUUUUCAUCAUCUCCAGACCCCGACCCUUCAGGUGGGGGCAGGAGUGGGGCUGGGCUGCCAUUUGCAAAUAGCCUGACAGCCGUGCUUGGUGCCUCUCGCAGGAAAAAGCCAAGAGGGAGAGCCAUGGCUGAGAAUCGGAGCACCAUCAAAGUGGAUCUUCCCAAUCAACAACGAACAGUGGUGACUGUCCGGCCUGGUACGACUGUCUACAGCUCCCUGGACAAGGCCCUGAAGGUGCGUGGGCUGAACCAGGACUGCUGCGUUGUCUACAGGAAAAUGGGUGGCGGGAGAAAAAUCAUCACGGAUUGGGACACGGACCUGGUCAACUUGGAGGGGGCCGAGCUCUCUGUGGAAGUUCUGGAAGACGUACCACUGACUAUGCACAAUUUUGUCCGGAAGACCUACUUCAAUUUGGCCUUUUGUGACUUCUGCCUUAAGUUUUUGUUUCAUGGCUUCCGCUGCCAGACAUGUGGCUACAAGUUCCAUGAGCACUGCAGCAGCAAAGUGCCUACGGUCUGUGUGGACCUGGCUACUACACAUAAGCCCGUUUACAGCUGUGACCCAUACCUGGAUCCUUCAUGGUGGCAAGAUAUUGCUCCUACCACCCCAGUCCGGCCUAGUCACGAACCCAUGACCCCUCAAGCCAUCAGCUCACAAAAGCAGGCCUCCCUCAGCCCAGAAGCCUUCGCCUUCCCCAGCCUUCACGGAGAUGGACAGCGUCUGCAGCGGCACCGAUCGACUUCUACCCCCAAUGUUCACAUGAUCACCACCAGCCCUGUGGACAGCAGCAUUCUUGAGAUCAUGAGCAGGGGCCAGAAUGCAGAAGCCCUGGGCAGGUCUGAGCUGCUUCCACGCACACCGCCGGCUCCCACAGUUCCCAGCGUAGCUGCCGUGUCGCCUGGCAGACGCUCACCACACCCCAAGUCCCCGGGCGAGUCCCCAAGGGAGCGCAAGGCCCCUGUUGAAGACAAGAAGAAACUGAAAACUUUGGGCUACCGGGACUCAAGCUAUUACUGGGAGGUCUCCCCCAAUGAGGUCACCUUCCUGAAGCGCAUUGGUGCCGGAUCCUUUGGCACGGUCUUCAAGGGCCAUUGGCACGGGGACGUGGCAAUCAAGAUCCUCAAGGUCAUCGACCCCACCAGCGAGCAGGUGCAGGCUUUCAAGAAUGAGAUGCAAGUGCUCAGGAAGACGCGCCACGUCAACAUCCUGCUCUUCAUGGGCUUCAUGACCCGCCCCAGAUUUGCCAUCAUCACCCAGUGGUGUGAAGGCAGCAGCCUCUACCAGCAUCUGCACGUGCAAGAGACACCCCUGGAGAUGGUGCAGCAGAUAGACGUGGCCCGGCAGACAGCACAGGGCAUGGAUUACCUUCAUGCUAAGAACAUAAUCCACCGGGACCUCAAAUCCAACAACAUCUUCCUGCAAGAAGGGCUGAUGGUGAAGAUUGGCGACUUUGGCCUUGCCACAGUGAAGACGCGCUGGAGCGGUUCGCAGCAGGUGGAGCAGCCCAGCGGCUCCGUACUCUGGAUGGCAUCUGAAGUGAUUCGAAUGCAAGACCCCAACCCCUACAGCUUCCAGUCCGAUGUCUACUCCUUUGGGGUGGUUCUCUACGAGCUGCUCUCUGGGACCCUUCCCUACAGUCACAUCAACAAUCGGGACCAGAUUAUAUUCAUGGUUGGCCGGGGAUACCUGUCCCCUGACCUUAGCAAAGUGCCCAGCAAUUGCCCCAAAGCCAUGCGGAGGUUGAUGAGCGACUGCCUUAAGUUCAAGCGUGAAGAAAGACCCCUCUUUCCCCAGAUUUUAGCCUCCAUUGAGUCACUCCAACACUCGUUGCCCAAGAUUGAACGCAGUGCCUCUGAGCCCGCUCUCCACCGGGUGGGCCACAAUGAAGAACUGUCCUUCUUUGCUCUGCCAGCUGCCUUGAGGCUCCGCAGUUAACGUGGCGAUGAUGGAAAUGGCUGCCAAAGGCCAGCGUACCCUUUGAGGCCCGUACCUACGACUCCCAGCCUGCCCUGGGAGGAGACUAGGGGGUCAGCCUCGGCCACCGGCCCUGGCAUCCUGUUGACUUCCCCAGUCCUGUGCACAGAGAGAUUCACUGGCCCUCAGGCUCUGCAAGUGGCUUCCAUAUGGAUUGGUACUCACUCCAAAACUUCUGGUCCCCACAGGAGGCACCAAAUCAGAAGCAGUGUGGUUCUCACUCUAGGGAGCCUUUGGAUCAAUCUUACCCAAGUGUAUUUUUUAAAAUGAGGUUCUCCCUGUUUCAGGAUUUUGUGGGAGAAAUCUCCUUCUCCUUCUCCUUCUCCUUCUUCUUUUUGGAUACUCCAGUAGGAGAGAGGUGUAAAAUAAAAAUUUAAAAUAUC